AUCCGGUUCUGUGCCGGAUUGCUUGUUAACCAGUCUGUAAAUCUUUUGAGUGGAGAAAAUACAAAGGAACGAAAGAUCACAGAGAUGUAACCCACCUAUAUCUUGAGGAACUCUUGUUAUCUGAAAAUGGCGAAAAUCCGCGCUAUGUCAGAUGAUCCUGAAGACCAACAUGAGAUGCUCAAGAAGCUAUCAUUCUCUCCCCGAGCUUCAGCUACUUGUGAAGUUGAUUUCGAAUGAAACCUUUUCCCGUUGUCCAAAUAAAAUGUUAUCAGUCCCUUGGAUAAGUCACUGAUAUUCCUUGUGAGUCAAGUCUACUAAAAUAAAAUAAAAUAAAAAGCUCUGGUUUUGAAAACUAUUUUCUUGUGCUCAAUGAUUCUUCACACCUAGAAAUUCUCUAGCUCGACCAAGUCGGGUUAAACCAUCUAAAUACAACGAACUCAUGUGCUUGAGCAAUGCCUAAUAAACAUUGACAUAAGGACACAAACAUAUAUAAAAGUUGAUAACAAUAUUAAAAUCACUUCUUUUUCCCAUAUUUUCCUUUCUUCCUAUGAACAAUCUCAUCUGAAUACGAGACUCCAUUACCCUUGUACGGCUCUGCCGGCCUCCACUUCUUCACCUUUAUCUAAAAUUUUAAUCUUCUUAUCCACUUUAACAUUUAGACUAUCUGGUAUCUCAAUCUUAACCGGGUAUGAAAACCCUAGAUUCAAAACCAAUUCUUUUCCUUGGACUAUCGCAAGAUAACUAGCAUUUCGUUGGCUCUUCUAGUUUCCACGGUUUAUAGGAAACUAAAACAAUCGGCAUAUGUAUUGUGCAAAUUUUGUAAGAUAUUUCGGUUACAAAUGGCAUAUGGAUGAACACAUGAUCGACAUUAGAUCUACGCUUGAGGGAAAAUUAUAUUUUUAUUUUUAUUUAAAAUAUACUUUAAAAUUUCAGAUAAUUCUUAUUAUUAUUAGUUUUAAUCGUUUAUCUAAUUGAAAUAAUUUAAAUUCGUUUUUAUUUUGUAGAUAAUUUAUAUAUUUUCAUUACGGGUAUAACAAUAUUAACCAUUCUAACUUUUAACCUAAGAAUCCUAAUACGAAAAGUCACUUCGCAAAUAAUAUAUAUAUAUUAUGUUAUUAUAUAUUAUGUUAUUUUAUUUAAAAAUAUAUAUUAUGUUAUUUAACAAAAAAAAAAAUGAAAAUUCGGUUGAAUGGGUAGACCGGUCUGACCAGCCACCUAGAAUAUACCUACCCGCGACGGUCCAGCUCUCAAAACAUUUGGGGUUUUAGGGUUUGACGUUCUUGGCUGUACAGCGAAAGAGUAGUGCAGUCUUCUGACUCUUCGUCUUCAAUAAUUUGUAUUUGAUCUGAAAAGAAAUGAACCAGUUCGUGAACUGAUUAGUUUCCGUACUAACCAUCCCCGGCGGCAUUUCUACAGUAUCCGGUGAGUUUCCAUUUCUUUAUCUACUUUUUAGGAUUUUUGAUUGCCUCCAGUGUUAUUUGUUAUUCUCGGCUGCUUACUACUAUAUUUUUGUUGGUUCCAGCGAAAAUUACAGAGAGAUUCGGAAGCAAAAGCAGCUCAGUAAUCUUUUAGCCGUUUUUUUUAUAUCCAUAAAGCUUUAGGAUCUGAAGAAGAAUGGCUCAUAGGGAUAGGAUAAGUCAACUUCCUGAGGAGUUACUCUUGAGAAUCCUAUCCUUACUACCUGCGAAAGAUGUGGCAGUCACAAUGGUUUUGUCUAAACGAUGGAAGUUUCUAUGGACGUUAGUGCCAACACUUGAAUACGAUCACGCUACGUACCAAAACGCUGAAGGCACUAGAUUCUCGCGGUUUGUUUACAGUUCUUUGCUGUUACACGAGGCGCCAGUUCUAGAAACGUUGCGUUUAAAACUUGAUCGGGAGUCUGCUACUGCCGUAGAUAUCGGGGUAUGGGUUAAAACCGCCGUUAAACGCUAUGUGCGCGAGUUAGAUAUCGACAUUAACAGCCCUUCGAUUUUGACUCCGGUCACACUUCCAUGGAGCUUGUUUGCCGGAGGAUGUAAAACGCUUGCGACGUUGAAACUAAGUAACAUGACUCUUGUGGACGCUUCUUCGUCCUUGCCAGCUUCUUUCCCGUCUCUUAAAAACUUGAGUCUCGUGAAGAUGAAGUACCCGAGUGAGGAAUUUAUCAACAAGCUUUUAGCUAGUUGUCCUGUUCUUGACGACUUGGCCGUGGAACUGUGUAGUGGCGACGGGGUGACCGUUCUCGCUGUUCAAAUACCGUCUCUAAAGAGUUUAUCAUUGCGAAAACGACCAGACACGGAUGAUGACGAAGCUUAUGGUUUUGUGAUAGAUACUCCUUCUCUGGUGAGCUUUGACAUUGUUGAUCAUUGCGGUGAGCUUUGUGUUGUGGAAAGUAAUAUGCCUGAGAUUGUGUAUGUGAAUCUCGACAUUAAUUAUCGUCGUCCCUGGAAGAUGUUGAGUUCUCUUUCUUCAGUCAAGCAGCUCGAGUUAUGUUUAACAUCCUCAAAGGAAUAUCCUGUUGGAAUUGUUUUCCACAAUCUUGCACAUUUAAUGAUAUGCACAUGUGAGACAGAGUGGUUGAAUCUACUUUUGUGUGUGCUCAAAGAUUCACCUAAGUUACAAGGCCUCAGGAUUGAACAGUACCAUAACAUUCGAACGGGUGAACAGCGCCCCUGCUGGAAGGAACCAAGCUCAGUUCCUGGAUGUGUGUUAACGAGUCUUGAAACUCUGGAAUGGGUAAAAUACGAAGGAACAGAAGAUGAGAAAGAGGCAGCAGCUUUUAUUUUUAGAAACGCAAGAUUUUUAAAGAAGGCAACUAUUUCCUCCUCAUCUACGGAUCCGGUCAAGAAACUUGAGAUGCUCAAAGGGUUGUCAUUUCUAUCAAGGUGUUCAAGUUCCUGUCAUCUGACAUUCGACUGAAGUCACUAGAUAUUAAAGACAUAUUCAAUAGUCUAAAUAAAAAUCUUUUUGGUUGGGUUC